UGACUGACCAUAUAGUUACUAACUAUGGUCUGACUUGAAGUUUUAAUGGAUUGACUAUAAUUUGAGUGGCAGCGAUAUCGAGAAAUGACAACAAUGUUGACUUUUAGGUCAAAUUCCGCUAGAUGCUGGAGCCAUAACRACAGGGUUUUCAAAGACUUCAAUUCGUUUGAAAACGGCGAUUGUGCAAUGAAACAAAGUGCUUACACAAGGACGCCAUUGCUAUCUUUACGAGAAAGUGAGCCCAAGAGUCGUCUUCGACCUAAAACAACACCAKCMGCAAGCAAAGAAGCUUUUCAAACACCAAAUGUAGUGGAUUUUGGUCUUUUAUUCACUCCCAAGAGAAUAAGUUACCGCGUGGAGAAAGCGCUUAAACAGACCGAGCACGAGAAAGGAGUUUGUUUUUAUAAAGGUAAACCAACACGAAUGGUKGUCACAAGCCCUGGUGGACUUAUAGUAAGUGAUCCGRUAAGCACAGUCGUGAAGGAUAAUGAUUUUUAUUGCUAUCAAGACGAACAAUUAUAUCAGCAAAGCAUGUCAAGUCACAACACUGAGUCCACAGAAUAUACAGAAACAACAGAAAGUCUGUCACUUCGUCCAGGGGUAUUUGAAAACAAGAGUCCUAAGCCAAGGAUUUUUGUGCGUCUUCGACAGCUUUCAGUACAUGAAAGAGUCAUAGAAUGGUUAUAUAGGUAUUGUAAUCACCCUUGUAAGACAUUGCCAUUAAUAUGAAACCAUAGCAACCGAGAACAAAUGCUCUGCAUAAUCGGAAUUAUUACAGGACCACCAAGAUACUUUAWUAUACAAUUUUUAUGAUAUUGCGAAAAAAUAAUACUACAUUAUCUUAUAGAAUCAAUACGAUAUCGCCAUUGAUUGAAUUUCAUUUUUAUUAUCGAUUACAUAUCUUUUUUGUCAUUCAAA